CAAUCACAGCCUUCAGCUGCCCCACAGCCAACCAAUAGCAAAGCAGGAACGGAGGAGGGACGUUGCUGGAUCACAUAGCUUGGGUUUGUAGCAUCCUUGUAGCUCUUCUUGUCUUAUCUUUGAAUAGAAUGAUAUGAACGAAAAACAGAAAACAGCUGAAAAGGUAGAAAUGAGAUGUGAUUUUGUACGGUAGGACAAAAUGUGGUGAAUGCAGGGAUCCAGAGGGGAAAAACAUUUCAAUUUACAGCCUCUCAGCUGGUCUGUUCUAGCUGAGGAACGAAGGAGGAGGGGUGAAAGAAGAAAUUCCCACUCCUUUUUUUCCAUCGGCUGCCUGGAAAACCUUGGAAGGACAUCGUCCGUGGCCACAUUUCUCCAUGAACAGGAUUCUUGUCAGGAGUUCAGGAACACCGUGAGCGCCUCAUGGCCGACGCAAUGUUGGAGGAUUGAUUCCCAGUAGGGGUUGCCUUCCAAACGCACUCGGCUCGUCUCCACAACGGCGUCCUGCAACAACCAUGUCUCUGACCACCACCAAACCCGAUUUGUUCACGUCCACCCAAACCCUGACCCCAUUCACAGCCCCCACCCUCCCCCUCACUACCUUCAUUCCUGUUUUCACAAGUUCAGGAGAGCCCAGAACUGAGCCGGAGAACAUCACGUCAAGGACCGUCUUCCGCUCCAUCACGUCGUCUGCCAAUGAGACCGGCCUCAACUCCACGCAGCUGCCUGUCGCAUCGGUGGAAGGAGCAGGGAUGGGAAUGGUGCUCGUACCCUUUGGCAUCAUCACAGUCAUUGGGCUGGCUGUUGUUGUGCUUCUGUACAUCCGGAAAAAGAAAAGGCUGGAGAAACUGAGACACCAGCUGAUGCCCAUGUAUAACUUUGAUCCAGCAGAAGAACAGGAUGAUCUAGAGCAGGAACUCUUGGACCACGGACGAGAUGGAAGCCCAGCAGGACCAAACUCCAAAUUCUGACACAAGGCCAUGUGGUUUGUUAUUUGUGACACUGACCACAAGUCAGGGAACAACUCAAAAACCCAGUCGACUUGUUUUCACUGACGUGGCCGAUGCCAUUAAUGCAUGACGCCAUUCAAUGCUGCACAGGAAGAAAGGGGCACAGAAAUCUGGACAACUGGACACAUUGAUUCAGGAAUAUUUGCAUUGACAUUUGGUACAAUAUAGUAAAAAAAAAUCCAACUAAAAUUUGAAAUAUUGGGUUAACUGGUACCUUUUUAAUUAAUAAUUUCUAAGCCAAAGUUACAGUCUGCAGCAUUAAGAUCAUUACAUUUUUUGACCACUUUUAUUUUUUAAGAAUUUAGUAUAAACCCAGAAAACUAUGGAGUGCAAAUGGCAAAAAUUAUUGUACCAAAUACACAAUGACGAGAAUAUUUUUUACGGUGUGCACUGAUGAAUAUGACAUUAUACAUUUUAAGGACACUUGAUUUAAAAAACUGCAAAAAAGAAAAGUUCUUCACUACUACAAAAUUCAGCUGGAUCUGUCCAACUGUUAUAAGUUAUAACCACUCAUGCAACAUGGACUUUAUUUUUUUUUUAGAUAAUCUCUAGGUGUAAUAAGAAUCACUUUGAGCCUCAAUUCAUGAAACAUGAGCAGAACGAAUGUCGCUGUUAAUCUUUUGCAAAACCAUUUUGACAUAAAUUGCUGCAUAAUGUGACAAUUUAGGAAACAAUGAUUGUAGAAACACUGAAUGAGGCUCAUUGUGUUCCUUGUUUAUCUGAAUGACUGAUAAAAUAACCAGUUAUGCAGAUUAUUUAUUUUUAAGAAGGGAAUCCAAAUGCAACUUUAAACCCCUAUUGUUUGAGGGAAAUCUAUUUUUUUUGUGAAUGAGAACCACAUGAUUUAUUAUUUAUUCACAACUGAAAGCAUUCUGUGAACUGAUUCAUUAAAAGGAAAUACAUGAUCUUUCCCCAUGAAGAGAAUUUCAGCUUUAAAGUUACUUUGUUUAAUUUAAUAAAAUUGUGAUGAACUGUCAGACGUGACAUCAGGCAGCCAGUUAAGAGUGUGAGACAGUAUUAUAAAGAUCUUCCAUGUGAUAUGAGCUCACUGUUUCGGUUCAUUGAAACACAAAUGUUCUGUCACAGAGUAUGAAUCUGAACAAAUGAUGAACGUUGACUGAUUACACAAGAUUUGUAUGCGUGUGUGUGUGUGUGUGUGUGUGUCUGUUUGUGUAGAUGUAAUAAUCCUCUGUGUACCACAAACCAGCGGUGGAUCAUUUUAAAGAAGUUUUUAACUUUUAUGACAAUGAAGGACAUAAUAAAAAGGAUAUUUACACUAUGA